AUGCGGGGUUUACGAUAUCUGCUUCUUCUGAUGUCCGUCAAUUUUGCUACUUCAGUUGGGCUUUGCGAGGGGAAAUCUUUAGGGAGUCUGGAAGACACGAUGUUCGUUCAGGGAGAAGAGCAAAACCUUGAGGAAGAAGAUGACUUCGACUCCAAGUUGGAGAGCUUUCUGGGCUUCAGGAAGGAAGACUUUUUAAGGAAGCUGAAUUUAUCAGGCGUGCCGCAAGAACACAGAAAGGUUCAACCUCCUCAGUUCAUGAUGGAUCUCUAUAACAAAUACGCAUCUGAUAAGACUUCCAUCCCUCGGUCGGAUGUCAUCCGAAGCUUCAUCAUACAGGAUGUUAUUUAUUCCGUCCGACACGGCAACAAAACUCGACACGGGCUCCUAUUCAACGUUUCCAUCCCAAAUCAUGAGGAGAUCACAUCAGUCCAGCUGAGGCUGUUCACUCUCUGGGAAAGAAGUAAAAGCACCUGCGCUGACCAAUUCACAUCCAUUCAUGUUUACGGCGUAGAAUACAAGCAGGAUGCGGACGUUUUACAGCUUCUGGAUGGGAGAGACGUCACUGAGGCCAGAAACACAUGGGAGGCUUUCGACGUGACCAGCGCCGUCAGGAUUUGGCAGGAUUCUGGACGCGGGGCGGGUGAACUCCAGGUGGAAAUCCAACAAAACUGUCAAUCUCUUGGCAUAAGCACGGGUUUAGAGGACAACGGCUCGGCGGUCGUAAUAGUUUUUUCGGAUGAUCUCGGGAACAGAAAGGGAGAGUCGAUGAAUGAGGUCAAAGAGAUGCUUCUUCAUGAGAAGGAGCGGAUAUUUGUGGAAAAUCAUGUUCCUGUGGACAAGCACCCCAGGAAGAAGAGGAAAGCAAAGAACAAUUACUGUCGGAGAACUUCGCUGAAGGUGAACUUCAAAGACAUCGGAUGGGAUAAAUGGAUCGUGGCUCCACCUGAAUAUGACGCUUAUGAGUGCAAAGGGGUGUGUUAUUUCCCCCUGACAGAUGACGUAAGCCCCUCCAAACAUGCAAUCAUCCAAACUCUGGUUAACCUGAGCAAUCCCAAAAAGGCAAACAUGGCUUGUUGCGUCCCAACCAAGCUGGACCCAAUCGCCGUCAUGUACCAAGAAAGGGGUGUCAUCACGGUCCGACACCUGUACGAGGAGAUGAAAGUAGCAAAGUGUGGAUGUAGGUAGUGUUCGGCUGCUCAC